CGCACUGUGAUGUCUGUCUACUUUCAAUUACAUUGCUCAAUCUCAUUUUUGGGAACGCCUCCCGACGUCCCGUACAGGAAAUCCGAACGAGGACAUGUAUGUCAUCAGCGGCUUCGAUUCAAAUAUUCCCGGCCGUGAUAGGAAAGCAAUAGUUGCGCCUGCUACAUUUAGCCAAAUCGAAACCCAACUGCAGCAACUCGAUGACCUGCCCACCUGCCUGACCUGCCUUGCCUGCUUUCUGGCCUGGUACGAACCUUGCCAAGAUGUACGUUCCGUCAACCCCGAGGUAUCGAAUUGGGCAACGACAAGGACGAUCCGAAUGCGCCAAAAUGAUGGUGGGGGGUACCUGUGUCACCGCAACGCUCACAGCCAGCCUCGAGGUACAUCUGAUCUAUUCCAGCCAGCCGUAGGGAACCUCGCUCGGCUGAUACGGCUUGGCGCGCUUGUUCAGUCUUUACUGAAGAGUCUAUGUCUGUACGCAUUCAGAACAGACACGAAAUCCCCUCCCACGGGAAGGAUGAUACCACCCGAUGGAAAACGAAGUGGCCCGCUGGUGUUUGCCCAAGGUGGCUUCUGCAGUUUGCUUAGAUCGGCACUAAAUGCAAUGAUCAGCACAACUAUUCCUCGACGGGAAAGGUGGCAAGCAGCUUGGCGCCCAAACCUUGGCCCUAUAGAAGACUGCAUCUCGAACGGCAAUCUGGAAGAUCGCGUGCAGGUAUUCGCACUAGCUGAUAGUAGCUCAACGCUUGUAUUCGACCACGAAGCUUCUGUCGUCUUUCGUGUCUUGACUCUCGUCUAUCGCUGGGGAGGGGAAGCUUUAGGUUUGAUCCAAACCCAUACGGUCCGGUGACUUGGGAUUACUUUACAUUUCCCCAGUGACCUUCUGUCGCGAGCCAACCCAAAAUCAAACUCCAU